GAUGUAUUUGUGAAGUGUGUGUGAAAUUGUUCCACCAGCAGUGUGAGGACUCGGAGCCAGGAGGAGCUAAGGAGCAGCAGGAGCUGGCGGUAUCUCUCUCUUCUCUCUGUGGGGCAGCGCGGCGAAGGUUAUUGUACAAGAUCCUCCAUGGCUCUGUGCAACGGAGACAGCAAGCUGGAGAGCGUAGAUCAGAAUGGGUCAUGUGAGGGGGCGGUGGCGAUACUGGAUGCUGGGGCCCAAUAUGGCAAGGUGAUUGACAGACGAGUGCGAGAGCUGUGUGUACGCUCAGAGAUCCUGCCUUUGGAGACGCCUGCAUUUGCUAUCAGAGAACAAGGUUACAGGGCAAUCAUAAUUUCAGGAGGCCCUGCCUCUGUCUAUGCAGAAGAUGCCCCUUGGUUUGACCCUGCAAUAUUCACUAUUGGAAUGCCUGUGCUUGGGAUUUGCUAUGGGAUGCAGAUGAUGAAUAAGGUUUUUGGUGGCACAGUACACAGGAAGAGUGUCAGGGAAGAUGGAGUAUUUAAAGUUGGUCUGGACAACACUUGUUCCCUCUUCAGAGGCCUACAGAAAGAUGAACUGGUGCUGUUGACCCAUGGAGACAGUGUGGAAAAGGUGGCUGACGGCUUUAAAGUGGUGGCACAGUCGGGAAACAUCAUUGCUGGGAUUGCCAAUGAACAGAAGAAGCUGUAUGGUACACAGUUUCACCCUGAAGUAGACUUGACAGAGCGUGGCAUGGACAUGCUUCAUAAUUUCCUGUUUGAGAUUGCGGGAUGCACCAAUAACUUCACUGUACAGAAUCGCGAACAGGUGUGCAUCAACGAGAUAAGAGAAAAAGUAGACGCAUCAAAAGUGCUGGUGCUGCUCAGUGGUGGAGUGGACUCAACAGUAUGCACAGCCCUUCUUAACAAAGCUCUGAACCAGGAUCAAGUUAUUGCAGUUCACAUAGACAAUGGCUUCAUGAGGAAGCAGGAGAGUCAGAGUGUGGAGGAAGCCCUCACAAAGUUGGGCAUCAAACUCAAAGUGGUGAAUGCAGCACACACCUUCUACAACGGAACAACAACCCUUCCUAUCUCUGAUGAGGACCGAACACCUCGGAAGCGCAUCAGCAAGACAUUGAAUAUGACCACCAACCCUGAGGAGAAACGAAAAAUCAUCGGAGACACAUUUGUUAAGGUAGCAAAUGAAGUUAUAGGAGAGAUGAAUCUGAAGCCAGAGGAGGUUUUCCUGGCUCAGGGCACCUUGAGGCCCGAUCUCAUUGAGAGCGCAUCUCAUCUUGUCAGCGGAAAAGCGGAGGUCAUAAAAACACACCACAAUGACACAGAGCUGAUUCGCAAGCUCAGAGAUGAGGGAAAAGUAAUCGAGCCACUGAAAGAUUUCCAUAAAGAUGAGGUCAGAACACUUGGAAGAGAGUUGGGCCUGCCAGAGGAGAUUGUCUCUCGCCAUCCCUUCCCUGGUCCUGGUUUGUCUAUCAGAGUGAUUUGUGCAGAAGAGCCUUAUAUCUGCAAGGAUUUUGCUGAAACCAACAACAUUCUCAAAAUCAUCACAGACUUCUCUGCAAGUGUUAAAAAACCCCACACCUUGCUACAGAGAGUCAAGUCAUGCAUAUCAGAUGAGGAGGAGGAGAAGCUCAUGCAGAUCACCAGCCUUCAUUCACUCAAUGCCUUCCUACUGCCCAUCAAAACUGUUGGUGUUCAGGGCGAUUGCCGGUCUUACAGUUAUGUGUGUGGAAUCACCAGUAAAGAAUCUCCGCACUGGGAUUCUCUUAUGUUCCUUGCCAGACUCAUCCCUCGUAUAUGCCAUAGCAUCAACAGAGCUGUGUAUAUAUUUGGGUCGCAUGUGAAGGAGCCGCCAACAGACAUAACUCCUACCUUCCUGACCACAGGUGUUCUGAGCACACUCAGGCAGGCUGACUUUGUAGCUCACGCUAUCCUUAGAGAGUCUGGCUAUUCUGGAAAGAUCAGCCAGAUGCCAGUUAUCCUGACCCCGCUGCACUUUGACCGCGACCCUCUGCAAAAGCAGCCAUCCUGUCGGCGCUCUGUGGUCGUGCGCACGUUCAUCACAAGCGACUUCAUGACAGGAAUCCCUGCCAUGCCAGGCAACCAUAUCCCUGAGGAGGUGGUGUUGAAGAUGGUUAAUGAGAUCAAGAAAAUCCCUGGAAUCUCAAGAGUCAUGUAUGAUCUGACAUCCAAACCACCCGGCACCACAGAGUGGGAGUGAACUGCCACAAUUUACCAUCAGGGCACACAGAUGCACAAACACACUCAGCAGAUAUCAGAGAAGGCUAGAGAACUCUCCUCCUUCUCUUCUUUCUGUCCUUCCUUUCCUACUUAUUUCCCUCCCCCCCCCCUCACCUGUAUCACCCUCGUUCUCUUCGACAUUCCUGUGGAAGGCAGACUACUGUGACAGGUCCACCUUCAAAGGCGGUGCUCCUCUGCCCCUCCUCCCGGCCCCGCCCCUCCAUAGUCUUAAUAUUGGCAGUGGGGAUUGAUUAAUGUUGGUUAUGGAUAAUGUUGAGUUUGUCUUUUUGAUCCGUGUGCAACAAUGUGUUUCCUCUCCAAGAGGUAACUAAUAAGGUCAUUGCUGCUUCCUUUUGUGAGGUGAUUAAUUACAGGCCAGAGGCCAGAUGCUGUGAAAGUUUAGAAAGUGGACUUUGAUGUUGUGCCUCAGGAUGCAUGAUGGGAUGUGCAAAAACAAACAAAAAAAACAUGAAAGCAAGCAAACUGUGCCAAGGAAGAGGAAGAACAGCAAAAGGGGGUUAUAAAGUUGCAUUUGCCUUUUUUUUUUUUUUUUUUUUAGUUCAUUUUACUUUAGUUUGUCGGACUUUUUCUUAACUUAAGACUGUUUUCUCACUUUGUUUUUCUUUCUGCCUUUAUACUGUGCUAAGACCAAGCUUGUCUGAAGUAAAACUGAACAGAGAACAGAUGUGACCAAUCAUCUAUCGUAAGCUUUUUGUUUUUGCCAAAAGUAGAACAUGCUGUGGUGAUGUAACAUUGUGAGCUCCUAAUGAUCUGUUGAAAGUGACAUUUAUUGAUGAGGUGUUGACUAUUUGCAACUGCAGUCGACCAGCAAUAGAGAGUUCGAGCAGUGACCGUUUUGAAAGUCUGCUAGAGUGACUGGAAAUGGAUCUAUGUUUCUGCAGCAGCGGUCUUAGGUGAGGAGUUAAAACAGACAGGACUUUAUGCUAACUACUGCCAC